GGCAGCCCGCGCAGUGCGCAGGCGCCAGGGCUGGGGGCGGGGCGACCGCGCUGUCGGGCGGGAAGGGAACCGGCUGGCGGCCGCCUGGCCUGGCGCUCACGCGGGUCGAAGGAAGCUGAGGAAGAGGUUUUGAGCAGCCAGCAACCCUGAGCGCUGUGGCCGCUCUCCUUACAGAAUGGAGAGUAUGGCUUUGGCUGUCUGCGAGGUUUUGAGGUAUUUAAUAGUUCACUGGAAGUGUGAAGCAGGACUGCCAAAGGGAGCAUCGCUAGAAGGGCAGCUAACGGUUUCCAUAGACGCAUUAAGUUCUACGCAGGCGCCGAGUUCUCUCCGUUGUGCAGUGACUAUUGCUUCUAUAGGAAGUGUUUAUGGUGGCUUGGUCUUCAAGAAGUUUCUACGAGAAGUACAAGUUGUGCUGCCCAGAUUCUCUGCAAAGCUGACUUGGGCCUCAGAGGAGGGUGACCGUUCUCAAGACACAUCAGGCAUAACACCCUUCCAGAUGACUUUUAAGGUUGAUGAAAAUCCUCGAAGUUUGAUGACAGGCUGUCUGAUUAUAAAGCGUUUUUUACGAAAAAUCAUCAUAGUUCAUCACAAGCUCAAGUUUAAUUUCAGUUUGACGGUGAAUGGGAUCCUCUCUGCAGAGAUCUUUGGGGCAGAGAACGAGCCUAUUUUGAGACUGUCCAAUGGCAUCACUCUUGUUGUGGGCUUUCAGCAUUAUGUGAGUAAGCCAAAACUGAAUUCAACUGAAUCGCACUGCAGCAGAAUCCACCCUGUGCUAGGACAUCCAGCUCUACUGUCCAUCCCUGAUGGCAUGUCUGACAUGGGCUUGCUGGGAAAACUGGCACUGACUCCAGCUGCUGCUCUGUGCCCAAGCCCCAAGGUCUUCUCCAGCCAACGGGAUAGGAUUUCUUCGGUUUCAAUAUUUCUAUACGGGCCUUUGGGUCUGCCUCUGAUAUCAGACCAGGAGCAGCUAAGUAUCACUGUCUUCAGAGACACCUCCUACUUCAUUGACUGGAAGAAACACAAUUUGUUUAUGGUGCCCACUUUGGAUCUCAAUUUGGAUACAGAUUUGGUGAUUCCCGAUGUGAGUUAUCAAGUGGAGCCCAGUGAGGGGAAUCAGUCUCAGGAUGUGGACUCAGCGGGACCAGCUCUGCUACUCUUUCUAUUUGUAGAUUUCCACAGUGGAUUCCCAGUCCAGCAAGCAGAAGUCUGGGGACUCCACACUUUGCUCACAGCUCAUCUCAGUGCCAUCCUCUCGGAGAGCCGCAGCACCGUGCGAGAGUCCAUCCAGUCAGCUGUGGACCAGGUCUUGGAGCGAUAUCACCAGGCUGCCCAGGCUCAUCAGAGACUGCAGGGCUCCCUCUCUGUGGCUGUGAAUGCCAUCACGAGUGUGCUGACUGGAAGCACCUGCAGCAGCUUCAGGAACACAUGCCUCCAGGCUCUUGAGGCAGCUGACACACAGGAAUUCGGGACCAAACUGCACAGAUUAUUUUAUGAUACCACCCAGCACCGACUCCUGCACCACUGCUCAUGCGACACAGAACAGCACCCGACUCCAGAGAAAAAGCAUUCUACCCAGAGCACCGAAGACUGGCGUGGGACUAUCGGCCAGCAGUCCCAUGUGGAGAGCAGCGGGCAAGCAGAAAACAAGAAGCUCAAGAGAAGCCCCAGCCUGGGCAGGGAAGAACCGCAAGCUCUGUGCUCCGCCAGGGAUCCGAGCCCUCCAGAGUGCGCCGCACGCCACCACGAGCCCACUGUGGCCUCCCCCAAUGCCAGAGGAUCGCCCGCCCCAGCGGCCCAAAGCAGGGCCCCGGCGCCAGACGCAGCGAGCCCUGCGGGCGGCCUGGAGGACUUGUGGCUGCAAGAGGUCUCCAAUCUGUCCGAGUGGCUGAGUCCAGGACGCAGGUUCUAAACGUCCGCUACUGAGGAUCCCAGCGGGCCAACGCGCCCGGAACACGGGUGUCGUGCCUUCUAGAGUUCAAUAAAGCUGCUCCAAGCA